AGCCUAGAUCCAGUCACCGCCCAGACGCUCAACGCUAAAGACCUAACAUGUGGUCGCUAAAUUAACGUGUUCUAACAAGUGUAUUUUCCAUUAAUCAAUAUUCAUUAUAAGAAUUUGUUGAACCAUUAAAAUGGGCGAUAAUACUAAAGAUACUAAGAAACCGGCGAUGACUGAGGAGGAAAGGAUCGCGCUGUGUCAAAAAUUGGACAAAGAACUUAAUGAUUUUAUAGAUGGCUUGGAGAAAAAGCGAUAUACUGAGGGAUGGCCAGAAGACCGGUGGGAGGAGGAAAUGGAUAAACAUCCGUUCUUCAUGAAGUCUACUCCGGAGGACGGUGAGCUCUCCCCGUUAGCCGAGGGACUGGCCAAACUGAAAUAUGAUCCUGAGGAAAAUACCCCAUUGGAACUGGCCACCAAUUACAAAGAGGAUGGAAAUUUCAACUUCAAACACAAGAACUAUCGACUUGCUAUUAUAGGGUACACAGAGGGUAUCAAGGUAAGGUGUGAUAAUGCGGAAAUAAACGCUAGCCUAUACAAUAAUAGGGCUGCAGCACACUUCCAUCUCAAGAACUACAGGUCAGCUUUGUAUGACAGCGAGAAAGCAUUGUCAUUCAACCCAGGACACGAGAAAUCGAGACUAAGAGCCGCAAAAUCGGCACUGCAGAUAGCGAGAUUUGAUACGUGCAUCGAACAUUGUCAGGAACUUCUAAAACAAAAAUCAUCAGAUAAAGAACUCUCUGAGCUAAUGGCUGAUGCCAAAAAGAAAAAGAUGGUGGUGGCGCGAGAUGAAAGAAAGAAGAAGAAGGUGGAAGCCAAGAGAAGCGAACAGAAGGAUUUAGUCGUGAAAGCUGUAAUCCAGCGCGGCAUUAAAAUAUCCAAAUGCGAAGAUGAAGAUGACAUAGAUCUAUCAAAGUUAGAACCAACUUUGCCGGGGGCUCAGGAGUCUAUAGUACAUUUAGAGAAUGGCAUUUUAAAAUGGCCGGUGCUAUUCCUGUAUCCGGAAUAUCAGACGUCCGAUUUCGUGAAAGCCUGCCCAGAGGAUGUGCCACUGAUUCGCCAAUUGGAGCAACUAUUUCCAGCGCCUUGGGACGAGGCUAAAACUUACAACGUUAGAAGCAUUAACGUUUAUUACGAGGGUAGCGACAAAAUGCCUCACGUGGUUGAUCCGAAAAAGAAUUUAGGUGAACUGUUAGUUGCUAAAUAUUAUGAAUUGAAGGCCGGCACUCCCGCGUUUUUCGUUAUGGUACGCGGCAGUCGGGCGGAAAGCAGAUUUAUAGAAUGUUAUCUGUACCAAGAAGAGGUCCAGGUAACAAGUAGAAAAGCAGAAAAGUAUGCUUGCUUGUACAGCAAUAGGGCUGCAGAGCAUUGGAAUCUCAGAAACUUCAAACAAGCACUGUAUGACAGUGAGAAAGCCUUGCUACUAAACCCCGAAGACGACGAAACAAGACUAAGAGCUGCAAAAUCAGCAUUGGAAGCAGCUAAAUAUGACGCUUCUAUUGAACAUUGUCGGAAACUAAUACAGAAAAAUUGCACAGAUAUAGAACUCUUUGAGCUUUUGGCUAUUGCUAAAAUGAGGAAAAAGGAGGCUAAGACGGAUGAAUCGUCAGAAUUAAUCGUGAAGGCUGUACUUGAGCGCGGCAUUAAAAUAUCUAAAUGUAAAAAUAAAAAUGACAUAGAUAUAUCAAAACUAGAACCCACUUUACCGGGGGCUCGCGAUUCUAUGGUAUAUUUAGAGAAUGGCGUUUUAAAAUGGCCGAUUCUAUUUCUAUAUCCGGAAUAUGAAACCUCAGAUUUCUUGACAGGCUGCCCAGAGAAUGUGCCACUGAUUUAUCAAUUGGAAAAACUGUUCCCGGCGCCUUGGGAUAGGGGUAAUAAAUACUGCAGUGCCAAUAUUAAGGUUUAUUACGAGGGUUGUGAUAAAAUGCCGCAUAUUGUGGACCCCAGGAGGAGCUUGGGUGAACUCUUAGUAUCUACAUAUUAUGAAUUGAAAGCCGGCACCCCGAUGUUUUUUGUCAUGGUACGCGGCAGUUGGGUGGAGAGUAUGUUUUUAGACUGUUACCUGUAAGCUAUUCGUUUGUUUUUUUAUUGUUCUUUUUUUAUGAGUUCUGUUUCCGUGUACUCUGUUGUUUCUUUGUAGAUUAUAUGGAAAAAUAUUUAUUAAUUAAGAUAUUUGGUUCGCUGGCCGCGUGGCUUGGGACUUGUUAAAGGUAGAAGUAUAACGAAAUAUAAUGCGUCGCGUGAAACGGACUAGGGCCUGGUCACGUGGUCAGCUUAUACAUUGUUUAAUCAAUUGGUUUCUUUUUUUAAUUUGGUGUAUUGUUUAUUGUUGAGAGUUAUUUUGAUUUUCUUAAUAUAUUUUUUUUGUAAUAAUUGUAGCCUUCUGUUGCUCGUCUAACUGAGUUCUAAUAAGUUUUUCUGUUUUUCAGCUGAGGUUUUAUUUCGUCUGUUUUUUUUUUAAAUUUAAAGUGGGUUUCAACUGUUUCGUCUUCUUAACUAUUUUCUAAGGAAGCGUCUUUAACGUGAAUGAUGUUCCUACUAGAAUUUCUGAUUUAUUUUUUACUGAGGCGGUUUUUUAUUCUAUUUUUCUACCUAAAAUCUCUACUAUUGUAGAACCACCAAUAUCGAAGGCAUCAAUCAUCAUCAAUCUUUUAUAAAAUUUUAGAAUUAACGAACAGACUAGACAAUUCUCCAUCGAUUUUAUUCCGUAACAGGUUUGGGCGAAGCUUAUUGUGUUCCUGUAAACAUAUUUUCUGUUUUAUUUGUCACCUUCAUUUUUUGCGAAGCCCCGAAUAAGGGUACUUUGAGGAAAGAAACUCUACGGACUCUACGAACACAUCAAGUACGGAUUUUAAUCAACUUUCGAAUCAUUUACUUCCAUAUCAUUUGCCGACUUCACAUUAGUGAACAAUCUGUAUGAGCUUAAAUUGCGUUGUUGAUAUAUAUGGAUAAUCUAUUCGGAAUAUACUUAUAUAAUAUAUACACCUCCCAGCUAUAGAAUAUAGGGGAGUAGAGUCCGUCAAUGUUUCCACCAGGUGAUAUAUGUUUUUCUUUGGUAGAAUUUUUUUAAACAAAUAUACCCCAAUUUCGUUUUUCUCUUCAACUGAUCGUAUCCCUAUUCAUCUUUCUUCCUUUUUUUCUUAUAAUGAGAGAAUCUGUUAGCCUUGCGGCUUUAACGGCGUUACUGGAAGAGAGCAGAUAAUGGGAUCCGACUGUAGAAAUAGGCAACUGCACGGCCUCUAACGGAACUGGUUUUUAUGGUCGCCUCGUAAAAGGUGAGUGGUAAGCCACAAACUUUGUAUGUGAAUAAAAGGGGGAUUUCUGGCGGAUGUCUUCGGCACACUUUUUUGAAGGAGGUGCAGGAGUGGGGACCUCGCUCACCGGCGAGUGCGGUGAGUGUUUGUUUAUAAUGUUGUAUUUGAUGUCGUCGCUUCUUAUCGAUAUAUUAAUUCUAAUAGUAGUGUAAUCGUCCGGAUCAAUGGGUACGUUUCUCGGGCACGUCGUGAGACGCUCGUGAGACCAAUUCGGUUGUAUUUUUCUAUCUCACCACCUCAGGUUUGAGAUGUUUAGCGGCUCUUUCCGAGUACUGCACGGUGAGCCUUUUGGCAUAUCGAAGAAUCGUGAGAAGGUAAUCUUGGCCUAUCUAAAUAUUUUUCUUAUAGUGAUGGGGGAGGUGGUAUUUUCUGUUCUCGUACCAAUGGUCCUAUUGGUUUUUCCAAUUAUACGACAAGCAAAAGUCACAAAUAUGCGGUUUAUGUUUCUUAAAUGGUUUAUAUUUUGUAUUAAUUGUUACCAUCAUAAUGUUUACUUCACAAAAUUGGGCACGUUUAAUUAGCCGUGUAUAAAUACGUGAUACUAUUACUUUUGCCCUGGGAGUCUUGGUUAGCCAUUCUCAUUACUCCAUCAAACACAAACUAAUGUCAUGCUCCGCUACUCUCCCUCUCACUUCCUUGGGUGGAAUGAUUAUUUGAAUUUGUAUGCAGAUUUACAUAUUGUUGAAGAAAAGAGAAAUACAACCAAAUAUGAAUAUAAUACCGCGGGGUAAAACAAAAAUCUCAGUUUGGGUGCCAAAAAUAAGAUGGAUAGCUUUUAUAUGCCGAGCGCCUGUCAACAACUAUCUGUUAUUGAUGGCCGGUGUGCUGGCGUGGAUGGCGUAAAAAACCCCGCGUCGCAAGACCCCGCUCUAUUUUACACAUAUAUAGGCGUAAGGUGUUAUAUAAUAAGUGUACUAGGAAUAAUCAUAUUACUAAAUGUGGACACUAAUCAUUUCCGUAUCCUCGUGAUACAAUAUAUUCGUAUUUGUCUACUAUACUUUACACUAUAUGUUAAAUGCAAAAUAAAUGUCUGGCCACAUUGAAUUGGUCCAUUAAUGUUUAAAUAUUUCGCUUGUGAACAAGAUAUAUUGCGAUCGUAGGUUUAUUUUAUAUUAUAGAUGAUGUACCUGCUUAUUGUUUUGUUUGCUUAGUGUUUGAAACACAUUGUUCGACAUAUCAUUUUAUAGUUGUGUUUGUAUGAAAUACAUUUUUGGUAGGUAGUAACUACGUUUAGGUGUAAGUGGAAUUGUAUUUAACCACACAAAAAAAAAAUCUAUGUACGGUGUACCUACUUGGGACGAAAUAAACUCAAAAGUUGUAA